AUGAUGAAAAGCAUAACGAACUUAUUCUGUAAAGCGGGAACCAGAACAAAAGACAUUUGUCGCCUUUGGAAAAUUCCGGUUAAUCUAGUUGGUGCAAGAUUUAUAGUUGUUGUUAUUAUUGUCGUUGCUGUUGAUGUUACUACUGCUAUUGUUGUUGUUACUGCUGCUGUUGUUAUUGCUUAUCUUCUUGUUGUCGUAGCUGUAUUAGUACGAGCUAUUUCUCUGAUGAAAAAAUGUGUUGAUGUAAUUUAA